AUGACAGAGAAAAGAACUUCAUUAGCAGAACAGCUGCAGAAGCUAGCCACACCACAGGCACAGAAUGUACUUGCCAGCAGGGACCACACUCAAGCCUCAUUUUUGUAUGAUAGCAAAGAGGCAGCUACAUAUGAGAGGCAACAUUUCUAUAACAUUGGUAUCAAUGGCUUACAGCAACUUAUUGCAAGGGAUGAAAGGUUUAAAGAAUUUGAACAUAAUCUGUUCAGCCCGUCGUCACAGACACUGCAGAGGUUUGUGCAGACAACGGAAGUCAACAAGAUGCUGGAUGAGGCCAUCUCCAAGUUCCUCCUGCGACUGUCUCCCUACAUGCAGCUGAGGGAAGCCCACAAAGCCAUGGAGUGGAUGGUACACAGGUACAACGUUCACCUCCGCAACAUUGAUGACCUGAUGAUGUGUCUGCUGCCCUACCAUGACCAGGAACCGUUCAUCAUGGCCCUGCGUCUGAUCAGACUGGAUGGCAAUAACUGUGCCAAGUGGAGGUGGCUAGAGCCUGUCAAGAAAGGCAAUGUGUUUCUGCCGAGGCAAACAUUGAUCACUCAUUGUCGAGCUACAAAGGGUUUUCUCGGUUUUAUGUGUGAUAUGCUUAACAAGCAUAUUGAGGCAAACACUGAUGAAUCUGGAACACCGUCUGCUCGUCACCUGCAGCAGAUCAUUUCAUUUUACACGCAAACUGUCCUCGGAGUCCUGAUCACUGGGCCACCAUCUGAGGCCAUCUUGUCUACACUGAUUCCAGUUGUGACUUCCGGUCUGACCUCUCGUGACCUGCCAGAUUACAUGGUAUCCUCGUACAUGAUCCUUAGUCAGCUAUUCAUGCAGACCAGCUUGAACCCGUCAUUGCUGCAUUCAUUUCUUAAUGUUAUUGCUAAGAAUGCUCAGCCUGGUCUACUCAGUAGUGCAGUCACUGUCAUCAUCAUCAUGUUCCAGAAACAAGACAUUUGUAAAGUGUCCAAAAAGGCAUUCAAAUACUUGAGCAGACACACAUCUCUGACCCCACUGCUGGCGGGGCUCAGCCGAGAGGCCAAUACAGAACCAUUUGUGACUCCAUUUAUGGCCAUGCUUGCAGAGAGGGCAUUGAAAGACUCUGUGAGCAGUGGGGCCACCAGUGAAAGCAACGCUGAGGAAAAUGAUGACUCAGCCCCUCCAUCACUGAUAUCUCUUCUUUUGGACAUGCUGAGUUCAGUUCCGUUGGAACAGCAGUCAGUUGCUGUGGUUGCCAGAGCUGUCUUAAACUGGUACAAGAACAAAGAAAGCAAUGACAUGGAGGUGGAUAAUGAGGUCACCGAGGCAGAUGGGGCUUUCAGAGUCUUCCGACUUCUGGAAAACAAAUACUCUGAGAUUUUGGACACGGUUGUUGAGGAGGUGACUUCUGCAGAUGGAAGCGGGGAAAUGAGCGGUAUUGUGAGAAACUUGUUUCAACUGUCUGUCGCUGCUGCCCAGAAAGAUUUGACCUCAGAACCAACAUCCUGUAUGGCUGUCUGCUUGUACCAUCGCCAGGGAGUUGUGAGAAAAACGGCGGUAGAACGAUUGCUCCAGGAUAUGACAUUGAUGGAUGACCUAGACAGUGUGCAGUCGGCUCUUGCUGCUAGGCUACAGGAUGAAGAUCCUAGCGUUGUCAGCGCUGUCUUGGGCAAUCCACAGAGUCUAUGGGAACUGUUUGUAGACAAGUCACUUCUGUACCAGACAUUGCUGAAAAAACUGGCAGCACUUGGUGGCAAGUUGGGGAGAAACGAGACAAGGAACCAGAUUCUACAUGCGCUGUGUUGUGUUCCGGAGAAUGUUGCAGCAGACUCGGAGGUCGCAGUUAUUGUCCUGUCUUUUCUGGUCAUUCUUGAUGUGACUGAACUGGACCUUGCUGUGGAUUUGUUGAAGUCACCGGUCACUUCCUGGAACAAGCUGCUGGCCCACGUCAGUGCAGAAUGGCUGAUAGCAGUGGCUCAGCCACCAACAGACCAGGGAGAUGAGAAACUUCUGGCUGACAUGUGUGCCAGACUGGUCGAAUCUGUGGCUUCUUUCCUGAUGACAAACCCUGCAAUCAUGUGCAAUACUAUCUCGUCAAUGUACAAUAGUUUGAGCAGCACGCCAAGAUCUAGCUCGGCCGCACUAGUGAUCAUACUGGUUACAGACUCUUUGAUCCGGCAGUCCUCGGCAGAAGACAUGAGGCUGAAGCUACAGAAACAGCUGGUCUACAUGAUCUCACAUCUGUCGCUGAACAAGCACAUUGUUCACUCUAAGAGACAUGGGGCUGCCAAGUCGGAAGCGUCUGUCCAGGAACCUCACAGCAGGGAAGCCAAAAUAGUGAACUAUUUGUCCCAGCUGGCCAAAGCAAGAACACUUUCCAGUGACAUACUUGUUGAUGUUCUCGGUCAGUUAAAUCUGGCCUCUGUUCCUGGCAAACUCAAAGAUGUCGAGUUUUGGGACCUGGCAGAUACAGAUUCCCCAGAAGAUAACUGGUUAAGAAUUAUGACCACAGCGAUCAACUUCCUGUUGGACCUGUCUGCCAGGAAGAGCGCAGCUUUCUCUGCGAUGGGCAAGGGUGUUUUUGACACAUUUUUCAAGGUCCUGGAUGAUGUUCGAUCUGUGGCCCGGUUCUUGUGCAUGUUGUGGAUGGCCAGCAAUGAGCAAGGUGUUAGUUUGGUCCAGAAAGCUCACAUUCUGCAGUUCUCCCAGGUGUACUUUAACUCUCUCUCGGACUCUGAAGUGGCAACACUCGUGAAUAAUCCCAGUCCAGUUCUGCCAUGUUUGCUGAUCCUGCUGUCUAGUCCACAUGAACGAGUCCGAGAAGUGGCGUUCACAAUUUUGGCUUCUCUGGCUAGAGACAGCCUCUCACCUGGCGAAAACUUUAAGUGGUUUGCUAAUAGCCUGCUCCAGUAUCGCCAGGAAGUCACUAAAGACCACGAGUUUCUAGCUCAGGUAUUGAAGACUAUACUGGAAGAUGAAGCUAACUUAUUGUCGUCCCCUGCGAAGAAGAGGAGACGAACCAGCAGCAAGCCUCCACCUCAUUCACUAGCCAUGACCUACUUGCUGGACAUUAUCACAUCCCCACUGACCACAACAAGCAUCAGGUCAAGACUGCUGGCAGUUCUGCAUAAACUGGACACUGCAGAAAGCUUCCUUCCUUUAAUGCCACUUCUGAGACAGUUGCUGGCUAAAGCUGUAAUGCAGACAUCACCCACAAAGAAUUCCCAAGCUCCGAUGGCCAGGCCAGAAACUCUGUCAGUGGGAGAAAGAGAAGUUGUUGUCUGGUUACUGAAGAGGUUCACCGCCUCAGUGGCUGGUUGUGUUGAGGGCAACAGUGAUGCUCUUCAUGCUUUGCUGGAGGCCAUAUCUUGUCCAUGUGCAGGCAGGACCAAUGAGGAGACAGUCCAGAUGUUGGCUGUGGCUAGGCUGAAAAAGAAGUUCAUGGCUGCUCUUCCAUAUUCUUCGAGACAAGCCGUGUUGACCAAGCUGUUGGACGUCCUCUCAACAAGCCAUAAUGUAGAAGUGGGAAGAUCCUGCCGAAAGACAAUAAAACAUAUGGCCAUGGAGUCAAGCCUGAUUGUUGAUGAGCUCAAGUCUGUGCUGACAACAUCAUCAGUGACGACAGUUCGAGAGGCCAAACGUCAGAAGUCCAGUCAGAAUUCUGAGUUGGACUCUCUGGCAUGGAAGAGGAUUGUCAUUCUGCUGGAGAUGAUACAGAGCAAGAAGAAGGUCACCAACGCUGUCCUCAUUGUGCCAGUUGCUUUCCAAGUUCUCGGCAGAGUGCUGGAGAUUGAGCAAAAGGGAUCAGGAGAGUACAUCAAACAGCUUCUGCUGGGCACAGUACACUUCAUCUGUUCAAAGCAUCCGGAUGUUAGUGGUGACAGCGCUGCAGAUGCUGUCAAAGGAGAGCAUCUGAACAUGGAUUUGAUUGUUCAGUGUAUUAGAAGUUCUGACAACCCUCACACCCACCAGCAGGCCCUGAUGUUACUGAGUACUGCAGCCAAGAUAUCACCCGAUCUGCUGCUGCACAACAUGAUGACUGUUUUCACAUUCAUGGGAGCCAACAUUCUGCGCCAGGAUGAUGCCUACAGCUUCCACGUCAUUGGUCGGAUUCUGGAGAAUGUCAUACCUGCCCUAGUUAUGGCUUGCGAGGAGAAGAGCCGAGACAAGAUGACCACUAGAACCAACUCAUCCAAGCCACUCGCUGCAGCCAAGAAUGUCCAGUCAGAGGACAUGAUGUCUGCCGUGCUGCGGGUCUUUGUGGAUGCCAUCCCCCACAUCCCAGCGCACAGAAAGAUCAUGCUGUUUGACAAACUGAUGACCGUGGUCGGAGCUGAGAAGUACCUAUGGAGGCUGAUCCUUCUGUUCAUUGAAAGUGUCACUGUCAGGUCGUCCAAGCAGUCAGUGGAGGAGAAAGUCGACACGGUCCCUGAUGAAGACAAGCCUUCUGGUCCCGUGACGACAUCAGAUCUGGAAUUUCUCACCAGCUUGUGUGAGAAGUUCUCAGGACCUCAGUUGCUGCAGUGCUUCUAUCAGGCCGUUACCUAUGUCAUUCAACUUCCAGAGGAGAAGCAGGGAGCAGUGCAGGCUGGCAAGGAAGCUCCCAAUUUUGAAGAUUUGAACCCGGACGUAGAAAUCUUCAGUGUCAACUACCACACAGCCAAACAGCUGAGACACUUCAAGUUUGCCCUGGUGUACAUCUUGAACCAUCUUGUGUCUAGCCAACAUUUAGUGUCACAGCUGGCUGAAAUGGAGCCGUCCUCUUUCCUGGCCACUUACCAGUCCGUCAUGGAAGCCGUUCUGCAGUUCAUUGGUCAGGUGACACACUCACAUGAUUCUCACAAAGACGAACAUACCAGCAGGUUCUGGAGACUUCUGCUUCACAAGUCGCAUGACCUGCUGGAUCAUCUGGUGAACCUACUGCCAGACUCCAUGUUUCUGGACGUGGUCCUGGGGUUGAUGAGUCACUCACUGCCUCUGGUACAAAGAAGAGCCAUGGAGCUACUCAACACCAAGCUGCAGCACUACAAGGAGGGCUUGUCUCCCAGUCAGGUUGAAAAGCUGUUGUCCAUCACAACAAAACUGCAGUCCAUUGUCCACAAGACUCUGCUGAAGGGGACCAAAACAAACUCCAAAGAUGAAGAGGUUGUCAAUGGGCAGACAGCCCUGUACAGUCUCAAGGUUUUGUGUAGGAUUCUGGGAGAAAAGAACCACAAACAUUUUAUUGAGGUUCUGAAAGUCUGUGUGAAAGUUCUCACCCGUCACCAUGACAAUGGAGUGGUGUCUGCGACAGCAAUGCUGUGUAUUGCUGAAGUUGUCAGCUGCGUUAAACUUCACUGCAUUCAGCUGUUGGGGGAUUUCAUGCCUCAGGUCAUCUCACAGCUUCAGUCGGAGGACAUCACACGCCAUGAGGUCCUGCUGCUGGCUGCCGUGUCAUCUCUUCAGAAGAUCAUUGAGUCUGUGCCGCUGUUUUUGAGCCCUUACCUGCUAGAGAUCAUUGUCCAGAUCUGCAUCAUCAACUCCCUGAUUGGCUCACAAGCAGACUCUCAGAAGCCAGUUGUUGGCCAGAAAGUCAAGCUGAUUUGCUCCACUAUUGCCACAGUGACACCAACUCGAACAUUUUUACCAGUGCUGGAGAAAAGUUUCAUGGCUCUACAAGACAAGAUGGCUUCUUGUGCACAGUGUGCCAUGUCCAUGCUGAAAGAUCACAUCGUGAAAAUGUCCAAAGACGACCUGACAACAUUCUCACAGGACCUACUCAAGUUUUUCUUCACUUGUUUCGAUAUCCGAGCUACACAUCAAGAGAUCAGGGAGGCAGACUUGGAUGUCAUAGAAGCAACAGUCAUCGAUGCAUUUGUCACUCUGGUCUUCAAAUUGUCUGAGGCACAGUUUAAACCCAUGCUACUACAGAUUUACGGUUGGGCUACAGGUGAGGACACCAACCACGACAGGGUGCUGGUUUUCUACAGGCUGUGUGACAGUUUGGCUGAGAAGCUGAAAAAUCUGUUCACUCUGUUUGCUGGCCACUUUCUCAAACACAGUGCUGAAAUGUUGGACAUUAACAACAAGAGUAAAAACAAAUGCAAAUUUUUUGGAAAGGGGAAGAAUGCUCGCCGCAAGAGUUGUCGUCUGCUGUGUUACAUUGUUGACUGUCUGCAGAAAACAUUCUCCUUUGACACGGAAGGUUUUGUCACCAAAGAGAGAUUUGAUGUUGUCAUGCAAUCAUUGGUCGAUCAGCUGGAGAAUACCCUGGGCAAAGACCAAGUGAAUGACGACAGAAUCACCAACCACGUGGUGCCAUGCCUGGCCAGCCUGGCUAUGGCGGCCCAUGAUGAUUCACUGUGGAAAGAUAUGAACUACCAGAUCUUGCUGAAGACCAGACAUGAAAGUCCAAAGGUACGAAUCUGGGCCCUAUGUGCCGUAGAUGCCUUCCAUAAACAGCUGGGCGAGGACUACACUCAGUUAGUCCCCGAGACAAUCCCAUUCAUGGCCGAGCUCAUGGAAGAUGAGGUUGAUGACGUGGAGAAAUACACCCAUAAAGUUUUGGCUGCAAUGGAAGUCUCUGUCGGCGAGAAUCUGCAAGAAUAUUUUUAA